GUAUACUAUUAAUAUCUAUCGUAGGACAGAAUCUGCGGGAGAACGACGAAAGUAUAACCUUUUUCUCUCUUGGGUGAAAGUGAAAAGUGGAAACGAAACCUGUCACUCUUGUUGUUGCACACGAAUUGUUCUAGUUAAGAUCGUGAAAUCCUCAAAAUGGAGGCGUUGCCUUUGGAAAUCUGUACGAAGAUUUUCGGUUUCUUGGACUACCAGCAUCUUGCUGUUGCUCAACAAGUAUGUAGGAAGUGGAAGCUCAUUGCCUCAGACAAUGCUCUAUGGUCUAACCUUUUUAAGGAGAGAUGGGGAGGAGAUCAUGCUGCUUUUUAUGCUCCUAUUGGUUCAAAAUCAUGGAAAGAUGUAUACGAGGUGCAAGAUCGUUGUGAUCGAGUUGGAGUGGGUUUGAAGAUAAUUAGAGAAGGCAGUGACUACUAUCUUGUUCAUCAAGGUGAGAUACAGCGAUAUUUGGGUUCAAGAAAAAAUAAGGAAAAAGCAACUGGCCACAGUUACCAUACUUUAAAAUCAGAAAUUGACUUCACUGGAGAAGCUUCUCUAACUGAAGAGAGAUCAUGUCGUGGAAUUUUGGACAAGAUCCUUUUUUUCAUUGGGGAUUUAGAAGUUGCUGCUGCGGAUGCUAAACGUAGCCGUGUGAUAUGAUCGUGUCUAUAAUUCAAUCGAAUUGUGAAGUUCUCUGUAAAACUUAUCUAUAUGUACAUAAUUAAGCAUUAUUUUGUGUAUACUUAUUUGUAUCAAAUAAUGUAUUUUGUAGCUCUUUUAAUAAUUUGUAUGUUGUAGUCUUUUCAGAUGAAAAUUACACAAGUGACAAGUGGUUGUUUAUCCUAUUAUAAAAGUUUGUUUAAAUCAUUGUACCAUGUAUCAGAUCAGAUGAUCCAUCCAAAUAUGCACAGAUUACUGGGGUAGACAAUUUAUUUCAUGUGGACCUUAUGUUAGUGUUGUCAUUUCCCCUCCCAAAUUUUGUGUCGAGUUUGGAACAAGUGAGAGUGACGUGUGUAUCUAGAAACACAUUGAAACAUCUAUAAAUGUGAAUUUAUGUUCAU